AUGCUCACUUCGACAUGGGAAAUUUCAGUUAGUGCGGCCCGUCAGCAAAUUCGAGACUCCCUACGCAGUAAUGACUUCCUCAGCAAUCUCGACGCUGUGCAAUUGCAAGAGAUGGUCUCCUGCAUGUAUGAGAAACAUGUACCCGAAGGUGCAUACAUCAUUCGAGAGGGCGAUAUUGGACACGAGCUUUAUGUUGGGGCAGGUAAUAUCUUCCCUUUAAUUGUAUAUCAGAUUGCUUCGAUUUUCCUCUCCAUUGAGGGCAUGGGCUAUAAAUUGGGCCCAGGCUAA